GCCUGGAAGUCGAAUCAAAUCAAGCAGAGGAAGCGAAAAUAAGACGCACCAGCGAAACCCUAGAUUCCGCCGCCGCCGCCAGCAGCAAUAAGCCUGCAGAACCUGAUGGCGCUGCGCUCUGUUUUGAGGAAGAUGCCGGCCCUGGGUCUCAGGUCGCCGCCGAUGGGCCCCCUUAUGGGGCCCGUCCGCGUCCUCUCGCCGGCGGCUGGCUCUCGCCUUAUGUCCUCCGAUGGUGCUCAGAUUGAGAAGCUCGAGAGGGCCAUGAAGGAAUAUCAGCGAGAGUUGGCUUUAUCAAAUACUUCAAUUGAUGAAACAUUGAGGCUUGACCAUCAGGCCAUGAUGAAAAAGUUUGACAUAGCAGACAAGGCAUCUGGUGUUGUUCUGAUGGCCUGCCCGGUGGCAGUUGCUGCUCUGAUGAUGAUCAACUAUAUGAUGUAGCAUGACCGGUCCUGCUCUGGAUUCUGGAUUCUAUCAGAUUGUUUAUGUUCUAGUAUGUUAGCUUUGGCUUUCUGCAAUUACAAGGGACCUGUUCUAAGCUGUGCACUUUUCUUCGUAUAUGUAUCUAGACUUGUGUAAGUGCUGA